AUGGCGUUGAGCCACUCGGUGAAGGAGCGAACCAUCUCUGAGAACAGCCUGAUCAUCCUGUUGCAGGGCCUCCAGGGCCAGGUAACCACUGUGGACCUGCGGGAUGAGAGUGUUGCCCGAGGACGCAUAGACAACGUCGAUGCAUUCAUGAAUAUCCGCUUGGCCAAUGUCACCUACACGGACCGUUGGGGACAUCAGGUUGAGCUGGAUGACCUCUUUGUGACAGGCCGUAACGUCCGCUAUGUCCACAUCCCAGAUGACGUGAACAUCACCGCUACCAUCGAGCAACAGCUGCAGAUCAUCCAUCGGGUGCGCAACUUCGGUGGCCAGGGCCGCCAGGAGUUCUCCUCCAAAACCCACAAAUGA